CGCCGGCACGUCGCGCUGCCGCCGCGCUUCCUGGGCCGGAAGCGCACGGGUAUCUGCGCCCAGCUGGAUGCUGAGCUGCUGCGCUACUCGGAGAGCCUGCAGGGCGUCCCGGUGGCGUACGACAACGUCAAGGUGGUAGGAGAGCUCGGGGACAUCCACGACGACCAGGGCUUCAUCCACCUGGACGUGGAGGCGGACUUCGUCAUCUUCAGUCCUAAGAAAGGGAAGAAGAUGGUGGGUGUAAUUAACAAAGUGGCCCCCAGUCAUAUUGGCUGUCUGAUACAUGGGUGCUUCAAUGCUUCUAUCCCUAAGCCUGAACAUAUGUCAGCUGCAGAGUGGCAAGAGUUGGGGUUUAAAAUAGGAGAUGAACUGAAAUUUCAAGUGGUGCACUUAGAUUCUGAUGCAGCAGGAGUGUUCUUCAUUCGAGGACAAUUGACUAAAACCAGUAUGCAGCCCAAGCAGUCUGAUCCUAUUACUGAUGCAGUGACUGAUGGCACAAAUGGAGAGCAAAUUCAAGACUUUGAUAAUGAGAAAAAUGACUUAAAUGACUCUGGGGGAGGUAAUGUCACAGAAGAUCCUCCAGGUGAGGCAGAUAAUUUUGUGGGGGGAAAUACAGAAGAGCAAAGUAUUGGUGUUGAGAAUGAAAUAUGUGAUGAUAAGAAGAAGAAGAAGAAGAAAAAGCAUAAGCAGGAAGAACAGGAACAUGUAUUGCCUGCCAGUGACUCUAGUGGUUACCAAAGUGACCUUAAAAAAUCAAAGAAAAAGAAAAGAAAGCAUUGUGAAAUUGAAGAAAGUGAAUUGCUGGAGCUGUCGCAAGAACCUAAAGCAAAAAAGAAAAGGGACUGAAGUCUGACGUGCCUUUCUUACUGAUGAUUUCAGACUUUUUUUUAUAAACUUCCAAUAAAACCCUGUUUUCAAAAUAUACAUGUAUAUUUUUUGCUAAA